CGAAGAAUCAUGCCUCCUCAUUGGAAUGCCCGUCGAUCCGCUCGUUUAAUCACAUUUUGGCGAGUGGAAGAACAUCAGCGGUUGUGAAUCAAUGGGCGGCGGGAUAUUGUGAACUCUGGCGGGGCUUCCAAAUCGGAAGUCAUCGAAGGCACUUGCCACGUCGUGCACUGCGCACCAAAGACUGCCUUUGCACACACUCUGUAUCCCGUACGAUUUGCUUUGCUGCUGCUGGACAAUAUGGCAAGACCCAAGAAGGAUCGCUGGAAGAAAGCGGACACGAAGAUUCUUAAAUCACAUCUGGAGGCGUGGCAGGCAGCAGUGGAUGACCCGGAGAAGAGAGAACGGGAGAUCGCAGCCGCUGUAGGGGAGCUCGAGCAGGAGCGGGGAUACAGGUUCGAUGAGUCAUGGAAAGAGCGGGUGGACAAAUGGUACCACGAGCGCCGGCCAGACGGCGAGAAGCGGAAGAAGCCUAUGUUCAAGGUUGGCAGGAAGGUGACAUGGCAGAUGGUGCUCGCUCGCGAGGAGAAGGAGAGCCUAGAUGAGCGCAUCGCCGAGAUUGGGGACGGAGAGGAACAGGACCGUAAGAAGUAUCCCGCCAUCUAUCAGAAAGCAUUGGCGGCCCUUGCCCGGGACGUAUCGGCGGCGGACCGCGCGCGAUACAAGGCAACGGCAGACAAGUGGAUGAUGAAAGGCUGUCCCCGGGAUGUUCAGCUGAAGAACAUUCAAAACAAACUCGACCGUUGGAUCGAGGAAAUUGAGGCACAAAUAUGGAAACUCACGGGGGCGAGGCUGUUCAUUCUUGCUGCUUUCCAAGGCAAAGAGAAACCUAAUGUCACGUUCUUUGAUCACAAUGACAAAAUCGGAACCAGACGAAGAACCGGCCAGCCAUGCGUUCGCUUUGUCGAACGCCAUCCGAGGUUCAGGGAGGGUCACACCUACGAAUACUUUUUGGAGUACGCCGAGUACGCCUUUGACACAAGCCCAAUUGAGGCGGACGACCAGGAAUCAGAAGAAGAAGCACCUGCAGUCGAGCCCGAACUGACCUUCGAUGACGACGAUUACCCACUGCUCCCGCCGCCUGACGACGCGUGCUUUGCGAAGUUGCAACAACGGCGCAUGUUUAUCAAGCAGUUUGUUCGGGUUACGUACGAACGUUACGUUGGCCGCUCGGCCAGGGUUCCGUGGCUUGCGCUCGCUACCAACUCCAACGACUACAUCGACCCAGUAUAUCUCCCCGAAGACAUCAUCCUUCGUGAUCCCGAGAAGCUACGGCAGGACGAGAUUGGGGCCCUCAUCCGUCAUUGGCGCACGCGGCAGCAGGAGGGAACACCGGUGCUUCGCUUUAAGGCGUACCGAAACGGCGAGGGCAUCGCUCAGGAGCGCAUCAUCCUCCCUCCUCCGCCUCCAAGUCCGCCACGGCCUCAGCGGCGCCGGGAACGAGCAGAGUCCAGCCAACCUGUCGCCGGCCCCUCCCGACUCCCGAGACAGCAGCGCCAGUCCAAAGCGGGUCCAUCCGGGCAGCGGUUGGAAUCGUCAACCUCUGGGAGUGAAUCUUCCGAGCCCCGGCACGCUGUCCAAAUGACUCGACUCCGAAAACGGGACCAGUCCAGCAGUUCGAGUAGCAGUGAAUCACGCACCAGCAAUGGAUCCGAAUCGAGCAGUGAUACCAGCACGUCAAAUGAUGACGACGAGGACGACGAUGACAAUGGAGACACGACCGGGCCUGAGGACGGGGAUGAUGAAGAUGAGGAUCGUCUGUCGUCACGUUCUCUGAUUCCUGCCCGAAAAAAGGGUAAGGGUAAGGCCAAGGACGAGGAUGAGGAGGAGGAGAACGAUUCAUCGCCCCGCCGUCAGAUUCCUGCUAAGAAGAGGAGCAAACACAGGGACGAGGAAGAGGAUGAUGGGGAGCAGGAUCCUCCGGCUUCCAGUCGGCGCAUCAACGCGCGGAAGAAGGGGAAGGGCAGGGCUGAGGAAGAGGAAGAUGACGAUGAGGAUGCCCAGUCGUCCUCUGGUCGAACUUCGGCGAAGAAGCGCGGAAAAGGGAAGGCCGCCGACGCACCUCCUCUUCGUACCUACGCCACCAGGGAGAAGCCGGGUCCGGCUGGUAUCGUGCGCCGCAAGGAGACUGGUAGCGCGAUGACUGGCACCUCAGACGGUCAAUCUAGGGCUGUAGGCCGGAGCAAUCGACAGGAACAGAGGUCUGUCGCGGGAACAUCCAACCGCUCGAAUCAACGCAGGCCCAGAACACCGGAUAAUUGGAGCCCGGCAGAGGUGGGAGCGACUUUCGAGGCGCGACAGGCGUUUCUGCUCGAGCUAAGCAGACAUCCAACUUUCAAACAGAUGGUUGCUGCAAUCCCGAACUUGCCGGAAGUUGGAUCCUGGAAGUCGGCGCCGAAGUUCGAAUGGGCAACGUGGUCAUACCCAGAGGCUUACUGCAACAGGGCCAUUCAUCAAGAGAAGGUGCUGCUGAAGGUCUUUCGGGGGUGGCUCACAAGACACCGGACAAAUCUCGAUACCAACACCAUGGGCCGGGAAGACGCACAGGCCAUGGCGUUGGCGAUUGGGAUGCUAGCUAGAGAUGUUGAGGAGCACUACGACGCGAGGGUACAGCUCAGAUACGAAGCAGACCACGUGAAGACCACGAAGCUGCCGGAAACCUUUGUCGAGACGGACCUCAUCCCACGGUGUGCCGACAUACUCCAGCGGUGGCAGGACGUGGCCGCUAUGAAUGAAAACGGAAAACGAACGCGGACCGAGACAGCAAUGGAGAAUGCACCAGCGACCGGCUCGCAGCGCCGGAAAUUGAACACCGAGAAUACGGGCGCCGAGACCAGGGAGGUUAAGAAGCCGGUAAAGAGGGUGCCGAAGGGAUCUCAUCGUGGCAAGAAGAGGGGCUAGAUGUUGAUACAUGUACUAUUGACACCGCACGAAUUGAAGUUCGCACCUCCCGCGCAAUUAAUGAUUUCCACACA